AUGGACCCGGACGACAUAUCCCCCUUGGCCGCCUUCGUCCUGUUCGGCCACCAGAGGCCCCGGGUCGAGGGGGACGAAGAGGAGGUCGGGCACGCCUUCGACGAAGACAGGGACGGCAAGCGCGGGACGCGUUUCCUGCCAACAAAGCGCUACACGAAGCGGUACUUGCGCGCGCCGGGGACCACAAGCUAUCGGACGGGAUGGGUGUUGCAGUACAGGAGCUUGGACCAGGCGGCUGUGCAAGAGUGCUUCCUACAGGGCGAUUGGCGCAAAGUCGCCAAACUCAUGACUGUGCUCACAUUGGAAUGGCAGGUGGCAGUUCCUCCAAGUGUCCCUCAUGCCCAUCAGCUGGCCGCAUUGGCAACCCUCCAUUCAUACAAAAACCGCAAGCUCAGGCAUCACAAGACAAGGGGAGGCCUUGUUGAGGAGACUUUCCGGUCCAUGCUGGAGGUUUUUAGGCAGCACUGUGCAGGCAGGGGCAAAAUCGAAGGCUUCCUGAAGGCGAUGCAUGACUUGCAGGGUUCUCGUGCCAAAAAAGUUUCAGUGUUGCUUGAACUUGUGACUCAUCUGUGCGAGCAUGGGAACAUCUCCCAGGCAAGGGGCGUCUUGUCAGCUAUCCUAAAACGCCGCGGCCAGGGUAGCAGGCUCACAGACAACGGGAAGUUUCACUGCAAUGCCAUGGCUGGCCUCAUCGGACACAGGGCGAUUCUGUCCAACAUAGAGCAAAAGGGCAACGAGUACGGGAUCCCCAUCAGCAAGCAGCCUGGCCUGCCCCCAGUUGGCUUUCAAUCUGCCGUGGAUCUCAUCGACAAGUCGAUGAAGGCUGACUUGGCAAGCGCAAAAGCAAACCUUCGGAAUGCCCUGGAUGCAGUGCCAGAUGCAACCCCAGUGGGCUACACCCUUGUGCAUCUGGAAACCAUGGAGGGCAACUGGCAUGAGGCACGCAGAUUGGCCAGGCACUUGGCAAAGGCAGCUGAGAAUGACCGCGAUGCACAUCUGCUGAGUGCAGGCAUUCACGAAGCAGAGGUCGGAUCCAAAGGGGGCCUCAAGUCGGUUGCGAAGGCCUAUUUCGAGGCCCUCAGGUGCGACCCUUAUGCAAGUGCUGCCGUUCACGGGCUCGUCGAAAUCUCCAAGAGAGGGUCCAUUUCUCAAAAGUGUCGGGGGUGGGUGGCAAAGGGGAUGGUACGCCACCUGGACGUGUGCCAUCCUUCGAGAAACAUGCCCCUUGCGCCCAAAUGCUGGGAUGUGCUGGCACAGAAUUUGAUCGCCAUGGCAGUCGCCAGACUGGAGGAAGGGAAGGAACGGGAAUGGGAGACAGUGCAGCCAUGCCUGCAGGGGGCAGCUUCCUGGUGGGGUGCGUACCACUUUCGUUCAGCUAGUGUGAUGCACACAUCCAAGGAAGGGUGUGACAACUCGAUGCUUCGCAACAAGGCCAUUUGUGCUCUGCUCAUUUGGGGCUGCGACAACAAAUUCUCACAAGCUGCCAGAAAGGCGUUGGACCCAGGGAGUGAAGAGGCUGUUGAGAAGGCCGCUGCACUUGCAGAACGCUUGGGAGUGAGCCAGUGUCUACAGGCAUAA